AUGGAGAUUGGUGGCUGGUGGUGUGUGAGAGAAACUUGCAGUCAGUUGCAACACGUUUCCUCUUGCUGCCACUUCUCUCAGCUCCAGAUGGCUGAACAGAAUAAAGUCAUGGCACAGACGAUGGCUUAUCUUACCCUCCUCCUGGUGACGGCGCUGGUGUCCCUGGGCCAUGCUCAGAUCCCUUUUCUCUCCAGAGAGAUGGUUGAUCGUAUCAACAAGGCAAACUCUACCUGGAGGGCUGAGUUGAACUUUCAGAACAUUGACGAGCGCUACUUGAAGAGUCUUUGUGGAACGUUUUUGAUGGGACCCAAACUGCCUGAGGUGCUUCACGAUACGUCACGGGUGAACCUACCAGACACCUUCGACGCUCGCACGCAGUGGCCCAACUGCCCCACCAUUGCAGAGGUCAGAGACCAGGGCAACUGCGGCUCCUGCUGGGCGUUUGGAGCUGCCGAGGCCAUAUCUGAUCGCGUGUGCAUCCACAGCAGUGGAAAGGUCUCAGUGGAGAUCUCUGCUGAAGACCUGCUCACCUGCUGUGAUGAGUGUGGAAUGGGAUGUUUUGGUGGUUACCCCUCUGCUGCCUGGGAAUUUUGGACUAAGAAGGGUUUAGUCACCGGCGGCCUGUACGGCUCCAACAAGGGUUGUCGCCCCUACACCAUCGCGCCAUGUGAGCACCAUGUAAACGGAACUCGACCUCCGUGUCAGGGCGAGACAGACACACCCAAGUGUGUGGAGCAGUGCAUCGGCGGGUACUCGCCGUCCUAUCCGAAGGACAAAUACUUUGGCAAACGCAGCUACUCACUGCCAUCUGACCAGCAACAGAUCAUGACUGAGAUUUUCAAGAACGGACCUGUAGAGGCAGCUUUCUCUGUCUACGCCGACUUUCUUCUCUACAAGUCCGGUGUGUACCAGCACCUCACCGGUGAGAUGCUCGGCGGUCAUGCCAUCAAAAUCCUGGGUUGGGGGACGGAGAAUGGCACCCCCUACUGGCUGGCUGCAAACUCUUGGAACAAUGACUGGGGAAUGAAAGGUUUCUUCAAGAUCAAACGAGGCAACGAUGAGUGCGGAAUCGAGUCUGAGAUGGUUGCUGGAAUUCCUAUGAUCUAGAUGAGACUAUGUCAAAACACUGUUGAUUGAUUAUAAAAGUUUACUUUUUUUCUUCUCAUAUAUGUGUAUAAAAAUAAAUA